AUGGUCACAAUCGAGUCAGAUUCAGACUUCUAUGACGUUUUUGAGAUCCUGGGGAAGGGCACAUUUGGGGAAGUGGUGAAAAGCUGGAAACGGAGCACGGGGGAGAUGGUAGCCAUAAAAAUCCUGAAGUAUGACUCCUACCGCAGCCGAAUCAUCAAGAACGAGCUGAAGCUGCUCCAGACCAUGUCGGAGGUGGACUCGGAGGAGUCGCACAUCGUCCAAUUCCACGAGUUCUUCCACGAUGAGCUCAAGUUCUACCUGGUCUUUGAGCUGUUGGAGCAAAACCUCUUUGACUUCCAGAAAGAGCACAACUUCUCCCCUCUGCCAGUCCGGCACAUCCGGACGGUGACCACGCAGGUGCUGAGAGCCCUGGCCAAGCUGAAAGAGCUUUCUAUCAUCCACGCAGACCUGAAACCGGAGAACAUCAUGCUGGUUGAUCAGGUGAGGUUUCCGUUCCGCAUCAAGGUGAUUGACUUCGGCUCAGCCAGCAUCUUCAACGAGGUGCGUUACGUCAAGGAGCCAUACAUCCAGUCCCGAUUCUACCGGGCACCGGAGAUACUGCUCGGACUGCCCUUCUGUGAGAAGGUGGACGUGUGGUCCCUGGGCUGUGUGAUGGCAGAGCUGCACCUGGGCUGGCCCCUGUACCCGGGGAACAACGAGUACGACCAGAUCCGGUACAUCUGUGAGACCCAAAGGAUGCCCCGGCCCACCCUUCUCAAUGCAGCCAGGAAGGCCCACCUCUUCUUCAAACGGAGCCCCCACCCAGAGAUGGCCAAUUCUUGGCAGUUGAAAACCCCGGCGGAGUACCUGGCAGAUACCAAGGUGAAGUCCGUGGAGAGGAGGAAGUAUGUGCUGAAGUCCCUGGACCAGAUGGAGACCGUGAAUAUCCACAAGAUGAUCUACCCGGAUACCGAGGCCUUGGCCGAAUACUUUGACCUCCGGAGCAUGGUGGAGCUCAUCAAGAGGAUGCUGACCUGGGACUCCCAUGAGCGCAUCGCCCCCGGCGCGGCCCUGAAGCACCCCUACAUCUCCACGCAGCCACUCAAGCAGAACUACGACCUCACCCAGUACUACCAGUUCUGCCUGAGGAGCCUCCACGAGUCGCUGCCCAACCACGGCAAGGCCACCGAGGACGAACAAAUGCAGCUGUACAGCAGCGCCCUGGACGAGGAGCGCUUCUACUCGGCACAAGAGCCCUACAAGGAGGAGGGCUCCCACGGCAUCCAAAGGACCACCAGCCAAAUGGACGACCUCAGCAUUGCCGAGGCCAGCCGGGAGGUGCCCCUGAAAGUGUGGGGCGAAGGGCCCAGCACAGGAGGGCCUUACGAGCCCCUCCCUGGCCCCGCAGAGGCCAUCUCUGGCCAGGGCAAGCCUGCCCACCCCACCCUCCAGCUGAGAGAUGACCAGGCCCAGCAAGAGCCCAUCCCAGCCUACUACAGGAACCGACACGGCAGCCCCAAGCACCGCAAGGCCUCUCACCACGCCAAGACGGACCCCACCUUUGAAAACCUGAUCCUGCUGGGGCAAUACUCGCCCAAAGACAUGCCGAAGUGGGAGAAGGAGAGCAAGAGCAGCACCGCCUCCCUGCCAGAGUCCAACGGGAGGGAGGAUCUCAGCUACCCCAAGGGCCUGGUGCUUUCACCCUCCACUCAGCAGAGAGCGCAGACCGAGAUGUUUGAGCCAGCUGCGCCACUGCCCGGGCCCAACACCUGGCUGCCCAAUGAUGCCUGGCUGGUGGAGCACGGCAUGGAACGGGGCCACCUCCAGAGUGCGCUGCAUGCUCCCCGGAACUGCCACCAGCUGCAGCCCUACCUGCAACACAUCGCCAGCCACCAAUGA